CUAAUCCAGCCCUAUAAUCUGAGUCACGCGCAGGCCGCUGUGAAAGUGUGUGUGACCCGAGCGCUGAGACUGUCCCGAGGUGUGAGUGUGUGUUUGUGUGUGUGUUUUCCAUUCUCCUCCAGCAACAUGUGCACCACCAUCAUGGUCCUGAGCACCAUCGCUGUCCUGCUGCGGCGGAUGUUCAUCAACCGCGUCAAACCUCAGCCAGAUGUGAACGGCACAAUGGAAAAACCGCAGGAAAACGACACGACGGACUCACAGAACAGAACUAAAGAGCUUUAAGCGCCUGAAAGUGCGAGUUUAAGAAGAAGCCGAGUUUAGGAUCCUGACAGAGGCAGUAAACGCUGAUGUGAAAUAUUGAAGAGCGCCGUCAGAUCGAGUACGAGACGACACACCGCAGCUAAACACAGCCUUCACAGAGAUGAAGCCCAUUCUGGAGGACUGGAGUCACGUGACUCUCAUCCAGAGGAGCUUUCAGGAGCCGCAGGAGGAUGAGCUGAGGCCGUCUGUGACGCUGCGCUGUAAAUCAUUCAUACACACACACACACACACACACACACACAUGGCUGACCACAGAGACCUUCAUCUUCAUCAUCUUCUUCUUCAUCCCGAUCGAUGCUCUGUUCUGAGACACAAAGACAGAGUGUGUGUGUGAUUCUGAAAGACUCUUGAAGACUGAUGGAGGACACACACACACACACACACACACAGUUAAGUCCAUCAAACAUUGAUGCUUUUAUAUGCUCUUCCUGUAGACGUGAGUGUGUGUAUACCUCGCUUCACUGAUCACACACACACACACACACAAACACUCACACACACAAACACACACACUCAUAGAGAGGAAGGAAGUGAGAGAGAGGUAAAUGCACAUGCACACACAGAGACACACACACACACACACACACACACACACACAUUUAAACAU